AGGAAAGAGUUGCAAUACCUACCGGAUCCGCUCAAGCUCGCCGACCAUGUUCGUGGCGUGCUCAAGAAGGGCGACGUCGAAAAGGCUCUUGGCCUCACUCGCAUCGCCAGUAAGGACAUGGAGUGCAUCGUCAGUUGGAACCACAUCAUCGGCCAUUUGCUGGCCGAAAAACAGGUCAAUGCCGCUCUGAAGAUAUACAACGAGAUGAAAAAGCGCGCACAAUUUCCCGACUCGCAUACCUAUGUUAUCCUUCUCCGUGGCUUGUCUGAGCCCCCAAUCGCUGCAGACACUCUCGGCAAAGCCCUCGCCAUCUACCAUUCCCUGGGCGCUGAAAAUUCUAGAGUAAAGCCGACCACUAUACACACCAAUGCAGCGCUUCGAGUGUGUGCACGAGCAAAUGACAUGGACUCUCUAUGGGGUAUAGCCUCAAAAAUCCCCGAGAAAGGAUCCGGUGCUGCAGAUGCUUAUACAUAUACUACAAUCCUGAAUGCCAUCAGAGAGCAUGCACUGCUGGAAGGCGGCAACAGGGCAGAUGACAGUGAGGUUACUGCGUUGAGGACGACAGCCAUCGAGCAGGGCCGAAGAAUCUGGGGAGACAUUGUCGGAAGAUGGCGGUCAGGAGAUCUUGCUGUCAACGAAGAGAUGGUUGCUGCCAUGGGCCGCCUUCUGCUGAUUGGCCUGCAGCCAAGAUACUGGGACGAUGUCUUUUCUCUGAUCGAGCAGACCAUGGGCGUCCCUCGCUUGACUCCUACAUUGGGUAGCAAGAUGAGAAAGGGUCAGCAUCUGCCUAUUCAUGUACCUUCCCACGAUCUGCCCGUGAAGAAAGACAUCACGAACGUCAUUGAAGGCGAGGAACCUGAAAGUGCAUUUGACCAAGCACUCCUACUCGACAAUCGAGGUAAAAGAUCGGUCACCGUCGUCAAGCCAGGAAAUAACUCUCUUUCACUCCUCCUCGAAGCUUGCAACUUGACUUACGCUUUCCGAGAGUCAUACGAAUAUUGGGAUCUGCUCACCAACCAAUCUACCUACGCGCUCAAGCCCGACAUGGACAACAUCCACACCUUUAUGCGUGUUCUGAGAAGAUCCCGCGCGUCUGGUCGUGCUCUAGAGCUGGUGAGAGACACGAUUCCGAAAUACGGCUGGACACCCCACCGCAAGACUUUCCGUAUCGCCAUGAGUACUUGCAAUCGCGACAAGAAGAAUCAUAACGUGAUGGCUCAUGCUAACAAACUCGUGGACUUGAGCGAACACUAUCAGGUGGGGCCUGAUCCCAAGACGCUGCUUCAAUACAUCGAAUUGGCCAUCUCCACUCAAGACGGCCAAGUUAUUGCCCAGGCGAUCAACCGGCUGUCGGACGCUGUUACCAAUUUGAAAUCUAUGAUAUCCUUUGGCAAGUUGAGUUCAGGCAAGACGCAGGCUAUGGAGAAGGAGGACGUUACGGCCUUGCUGAGGACGAUCAUUAGUGGUAUUGAUCAGUUGCUGCUCAAGCAGAUGGUUCCUGAGGACCAGAUACAGAGCUGGACUCAGAGACGAGCGACAUUGAAUGCGUUCAUCACAAGGCUC